UGUGACUGAGCGCAGCUGGCUUGUUAGGGAGACAGGUAAUCAGCAUUUACAUUUAAAAGCAGGUUGAUGGCUGAGGAGCUCACAUCCCAGGCUGAUGGUUCAUACAGAGCUUGCAAAUCUGCAUUGUGUCGUCAUCUGCACCAUGAAGUUGUUGGCUGUGUUCUUCCUCUUCAUAAUGGAGAAAUGUUCACUGGCACAUGGUGACGAAAAAGUUCAUUUGUUCCGGAGGUCUGUUGAGUGUCCCACUGACUGGACUGCAAUCAACGAUCGCUGUUUCCGUUACGUUGCCGAUAUCAAGACUUGGGCUGCAGCUGAGAAACACUGUCUGACCUUGGAGGCAAACCUUGCUUCAGUUCACAGCCAGGAGGAUAACGAUCAGCUUCAGACUCUGAUAUUUACGGCAACUCGAAAGUCCAAAGAAGCAUGGAUUGGAGGCUCUGAUGGACAGGAGACAAAUAUUUGGUUGUGGAGCGAUGGAAGCCCUAUGACCUACACAAACUGGUGUCCAGGACAGCCUAAUAAUGCACUUACCCUUCAGCACUGCAUUCAGAUGAACUAUUCAAAAAAAAAGUGCUGGGAUGAUGUGAAGUGUUCUACUUUGCUGCCUUCCAUCUGCGUCAGGAAAAACUUGCCACCUGCUGAGGCCUAAAACGGAUCCAGUGGAGGAUGUCUGCUUCCCCCCCAACAAAAACAAAAUAAAAAUUGUGAAAUGAGAAA